UUGUCCUCGGUCAGUGAGCUCUGCCUCUCCCAGGAGCGCGUCAACGCAUUGUUUCCGAGGAUCCAAGAGAAAAAGUCCAUUGUUGUUGCGAAGUUUUUAAUCUGGGGAUUUAAAGCACAUCACAUGCUCAGACUGAGCAGCGGGGCGCGCGACUACAACAGGCAAACUCCUGCAAAAAUCCAUGCAGGGGAGGAAACUAUUCAUCCAGACAGGACCGACUGGGAACAUCUUGCUCAGGCUGCGAUGCCAGCGCACUUUUGGGGAGUUUAGGAUCGCAGGAGGAAGAAGAGUGUGCAAAGGAUCGGGAAACGUUUUAUUCUGACCUGCUGAGAUUACACCCUAAGGAUGACGCUCAAGUACAGCCAGCGGUCUCUCAUAGUGUUGUCUCUACUGGGGAUUUUAUCGGCCAUUAUGUCUGUUUUAUCGGUCAUUUUGAUUUUCCAGCUUCAGUCUCAGCAGACGGCAGUGAAGGAGUCUCCCCCCUCCACAGCCUCGGUCAUCCCGGCUCAUAUCUGGGCCGUGCUGCUGCCUGUGUCCACGGUGCUGUCCGCGCUGUCCCUCACUCUGCAGCUAAGCUCUGUGGUGGUGUGUCUGCUCCACAGCUACUUUUCUACUGAGGUCUGCAGAGGAGAGCAGGACACGGAAAGAGCAGACUGGUUCCUUUUGGAUAGCAGAGCUGUGCGACACGUGGCUAUCGGACUGUUCUGUCUCGGGGUCUCUGUCUACUUGGCAGCCAUGUCCAUCUUCAUGCUGCUCAUAUUUGAGGUGGAGACAGGUAUUGCAAGCGCUUGCGUCCUCUCCUCUGGGAUCUUAAUCCUACUGGUCUUUGUGAUCCACUCUCUGGUCAAAGCUUCUCAUACUGCCAAGCGCUAUCACGGCGACCACCUCGACCACCUCGACACCCUCUACCAGAACGACCACGGAAGCAGCACCACUCCCGUGUCCCGACACUGCGAGCUCAAAAUCGGCGUGGACAAGCCGCGCAUGCACCGAACCCAGUCUCACCUCCAGCAUCCGAUCCCCUACCGGCAGCAGCAAUACCAGCAACAGCAGUACUCCCCUGCCACAGGCUCCCAAGGCCACGCUAGUGAUAAAGACGGCUACAGCAGCGGCGGCAGUUGUCCCCGAAUGCACAGGACCCUGUCUACUGAAUCUGGUUUACUGCAGGCCCAGGCUAAACCCUGGAACGGGGUAAACAAUGAGAUGAGGAGCGUCCUCGCACGCAAGUCAGGGAUUUCCGCAAAAGACUCUACUCUUGUGUGACUUAUAGGAAGCUAAGCUUGUGGUUAAAGACACUGAUGACCUUUAAGCAUCACAAGAGGACUGCUAACACAAGUGUCAUCUUAAACAGACGAAGAACUUUCAGUUUGUAUGUUUUUAUCCUGACUGAACGAGGACGACAUGGGACACAGAUUGAAAGGCAUACUCAAGUUUUCACCUUCAUCGAAUGAUUUCUUCUGUUCAGAUUGUAAAGCAUUUUAAAAAACAAAAUGAAAAACAAAUUGAACAC